CUUGACUAGUAGUAGAUACCCUCACUCCCAAAAGUGAAUACUGAUUUUGUGAAAUCCCCUGAUCUUGUGGACUCAGACGCAGUGGCAUCUACGAUCCAUCUUCGCAUCUCGAAGCCCCUAAAUCCUGAAUGUUUGAGGUUGACAAUGGCAAAAGUUAUAGAAAAGUUCUUUAUCGCAUCCAUAUUUAUGUGGUCGAUUCCUAUUGCAAUUCUGUAUGCCUUCAACAACAAUUUAUUUCCCGGUGCUUCGGACAUGUCUCCGUAUUCGUUGACACUUAUAAGCGGGUUUCUUGCUGUGAUAUCUGUUAAUAUUGUAAUUGCGUUCUACAUAUAUUUGGCAAUGAAAGAGCCAUCUGAUAAACACGAGCCAGACCCUAAGUUUGUUUCAGAAGCCGAGGCUAGUGUCAAACACUUGGUACCAGAUCAAACUCAUGAAAGCUCAUCAACCAGUAAAAAAGAUGAGUAAGAGUUCAUUUUUUUUUUUUUUUUAAAUUUCUCAGGGUUGUGAUCAUAUUAAAGCAUUCUUGCAUUUUUCAUCGUUGUAACGUCACAAAUGGUAAACCUAUAGCUGGUGUGAACUUACAGACUCAAUGGCUUGCUUGCAAGUCUUUUAGAUGCUUUGAUUAUAAUUAAUGUUUUGUAGCUUAUGUUU